GUUGCGCUCUUCAAUCGCCUUCGCUCUCAGACUGUCAGCACUCGUUACUUGCAUGUGGAUAAUGGUGCGUUCCAUGCGAGUUCAACCAAAUGGGGAGCUUUCACCAUUCAUUUAUUUGACGACGAACCAACAGCCCCAGAAUCUGAAAAUUUCACCGUGAAAGAUGGUUUCGUAUACUAUGGCUCAGUUGUGAAGCUGGUAGAUAGCGUGACAGGCAUAGCACUACCUCGUCUCAAAAUACGAAAGGUGGAUAAGCAGCAUGUUAUCCUUGACGCUACGACAAAUGAAGAGCCAGUGUCGCAACUACACAAAUGUGCCUUUCAAAUGAUUGACAACGAAACUGUCUACCUGUGCCUCAGUCACGACAAGAUUAUUCAGCAUCAGGCAACUCCAAUUGAUGCGACUCAUCACCAAAUCAGCGACGGUGCUGCAUGGACCAUCAUUUCUACAGACAAGGCUGAGUACCGUUUCUUCGAGGCAAUGGGUCCUGUAUCACAACCGAUUACGCCGGUGCCAGUUGUGAAUGGUUUGGAUAUCACGGGCAGCGAUUCAAUGGCUCGCAUAGAGCUAACUGGCUAUAAUAUGAAACCAAAUUUGAAAAUCUGGUUUGGUACCACUCCAGUGGAAACCAUUUACAGGUCGGACGAAUCACUGACUUGCCAGGUGCCAUCACACUCACUGGUAAAAAGCGAGGCUAUCGGCUGGGAUUACGGUGGUGAGGAGUCGGAGGUGCCGAUUACACUCGUUCGAGACGAUGGGGUGAUUUAUUCGACGCCCCUGAUGUUCUCGUAUAAAGCCCUCAAGGUUCAACCACGGCCACCUCGCUACGGGGAAUCAUUUAACUAG